GCAUUACAUGACAUUUCAGAUCUAACGCGUUGUCUCCAUCUUGUUGACUGUCGGCUUGCACAAGCUCGGCCUCGCAGUUACGGCACCGUUUCAGAGUUUAAACCUACGCAGCAAGGCUUGAUCCUCAUAUUAAUAUGGCUCCAUCCAAGAAGGCGGGCAAGAAGGUGACGCCUUCCACGAAGAAGGGAGGGGGAGGUGCGGCGAAGGUAGCAAAGGCCGAUUGGAAGGAGGGAUUUAAGAAGAAGCAGGUCGGGGUGUCUGAUAUGACACUCCUGACAACGAUCAGCAAUGAGAGCAUUAACGAGAACCUUCAGAAGAGAUGGACGAACGGCGAGAUCUACACCUAUAUCGGACCGGUGUUAAUAUCAGUGAACCCCUUUAGAGACCUGGGGAUCUAUACGGACGAUGUGCUCCAGCGAUACAAGGGGAAGAAUAGGCUGGAGGUACCCCCGCAUGUGUUCGCCAUAGCGGAAUCUGCCUACUAUAACAUGAAUGCCUACCACGAGAACCAGUGCGUUAUCAUCUCUGGUGAAUCAGGUGCAGGCAAGACGGAAGCUGCGAAGCGAAUCAUGCAGUAUGUGGCGGCCGUUUCUGGAGGUCAGGACGGCAAUAUCCAGGAGAUCAAGGAGAUGGUGCUGGCUACGAACCCUUUACUCGAAAGUUUCGGUUGUGCGAAGACUCUCCGGAACAAUAACUCCAGUCGUCAUGGCAAAUAUCUGGAGAUCAUGUUCAACAGCCACGGUGAACCCGUUGGAGCACAAAUUACCAACUAUCUCCUCGAGAAGGGACGAGUUGUUGGUCAAAUAGAGAAUGAACGGAACUUCCACAUAUUCUACCAGUUUACGAAGGCAGCAACAGACGAGCAGCGAGAAUCGUUCGGUCUGCAAGGCCCCGAGGCAUAUGCUUACACCAGUGCCAGUAAUUGCCUUGAUGUCGACGGCAUCGAUGAUGCGCAUGACUUUAGCGAAACCAUUAAAGCGAUGCAAGUGAUUGGUCUUAAUGACUACGAGCAAAGCGAAAUAUUCCGCAUGCUGGCCAUCAUCCUCUGGCUAGGCAACGUCCAAUAUACGGAAAUGGAUGACGGCAAUGCAGCCAUCGCAGACACUUCUGUGACAGACUUCAUUGCUUACCUCAUGGAUGCAGAACCAGCUCUGGUGCAGAAGGUCAUGACGUCAAAAGUCAUGGAGACGCAACGUGGAGGUCGACGAGGGUCCGUAUAUGAUGUACCUUUGAACCCUGCGCAAGCUGCAGCUGGAAGGGAUGCUCUCUCAAAGGCUAUCUAUAACAACUUGUUCGAGUGGAUCGUUUCGCGAGUCAAUGUCUCCAUGAAACCACGAGGCGGAACCGCUCAGAUCAUCGGAAUUUUGGAUAUCUACGGUUUCGAGAUCUUCGAGGAUAAUUCUUUUGAGCAAUUGUGCAUCAACUACGUCAACGAGAAGCUGCAACAAAUUUUCAUCGAGCUCACUCUCAAGGCAGAGCAGGAAGAGUACGUCAGGGAGCAGAUCAAAUGGACACCCAUCAAGUACUUCAACAACAAGAUUGUGUGCGACUUGAUUGAGGAACGUCGGCCGCCCGGCAUCUUUGCUGCCCUUAAUGAUGCAUGUGCCACUGCUCAUGCUGACCCGAGCGCUGCGGACAACAGUUUCAUCCAGCGUUCCGCCGGACUGUCAUCAAACCCCCAUUUUGAGUCAAGGGGAGCGCAAUUCCUGGUCAAACACUAUGCCGGGGAUGUCUUGUAUAACGUAUCUGGUAUGACGGAGAAGAACAAGGACGCUCUUGUCAAGGAUCUUCUAGACCUCGUCACAGGUUGCGGUAACCAAUUCCUGCAAUCUCUGUUCCCAGAUCGCCCAGACCCCAACAGCAAGAAGCGGCCGCCUACUGCAAGCGACCGAAUCAAGGCUUCAGCAGGGGCCUUGGUAGAGAAUCUCAUGCGCGCACAGCCCUCCUAUAUUCGAACUAUUAAGCCGAAUCAGAAUCGCAGUCCGACCGAGUAUGACUCUAAAGCUAUCCUGCAUCAGAUCAAGUAUCUCGGUUUGCAAGAAAACAUCCGUGUUCGUCGAGCUGGGUUCGCCUACAGGAACACGUUCGAAAAGAUGGUCGAAAGGUUCUACCUGCUGUCGCCGAACACAUCGUACGCCGGAGAAUAUACAUGGCAGGGUGACGCGCGGUCGGGUUGCGAGCAGAUUCUCAAGGAUACUGGUAUUGCCAGAGACGAGUGGCAGAUGGGUGUCACUAAGGCUUUCAUCAAGAAUCCCGAAACCCUAUUUGCGCUAGAGACUAUGCGCGACCGAUAUUGGCAUAAUAUGGCAGGCCGCAUACAGCGUGCUUUCCGCAAUUAUAUGCGAUACAAGCACGAAUGCGCUACUCGUAUACAACGCUUUUGGAAGAACAAUAAGGAGGGCUUGGCCUAUGCUGAAAUACGAGAGUACGGGCAUCAGAUUCUAGCAGGGCGUAAGGAGCGGAGACGCUUCAGUCUACUGAGUUACCGCCGCUUCAUGGGUGAUUAUCUCGAUGUAAACGGCAGGAGCGCUCUGGGCGAAGAGCUCAAGGAGGCAUGUGGCCUCGGAUCGGAACAGGCAGUAUUCAGUUCUAGAAUCCAGCUGCUCGUCUCGAAGUUUGGUCGAUCAAGUAAACCCAGUCCUCGUUUCCUGAUAGUGACCGAGAAGGCCGUCUACAUUGUCGCGUUGAGUGAGAAGAACGGGCAAACACAGAUGGGUAUGGAGCGGAAGAUACCCCUGGUCACUAUCAAGGGUAUAUCGAUGUCGAAUCUAAGAGAUGACUGGGUGGCUCUGAACACUAGCGCUUCCGAAGAAGGCGACCCUGUAUUCAGCUGUUUGUUCAAGACUGAGUUGGCUACUCAUCUCUUACGUCUCACACAAGCCAGCAUCAACGUGCUCAUAGGUCCUACGAUCGAAUAUACCAAGAAGAAAGACAAGAAAGCGCAGAUUAAGGUUAUCAAAGACGAAACAGUUCCAAGAGACGAUGUCUAUAAGAGCCAUACCGUGCACGUUCCCUCUGGUGAGCCUCCAGACAGCAAAUCCCGCCCUCCUGCCAAGAGGAAGCCCGGUGUUGUCCGUCCCAUUACGCAGGGUAAACUCCUCAGACGCGGUGGACCAUCGGACAAACCAGCACAGUCACGGCCGAAGCCUGCUGCUCGUCCCUUACCUGGUGGGUCCAGUGCUCCUGCCGCCGCGCCCGUCAAAGCCCCUUUUGCCCCUGUAUCCAAGCCGACAUCCUCUGCUUCUACUCGAGCGCCUCCCCCACCACCGCCUCCCCCGCCCCCCGCGACAGCGGAGGAGCCUCAAGAGGACUUGUAUCGUGCUACGUAUGCAUUCGACGGUCAAGAGGGAGAAGUUUCUCUCGUCAAGGGGGAUGUCGUGGAAGUAGUAGAGAAGGAAGAUAACGGAUGGUGGCUGGUGAAGAAGAACGGUCAGGAAGGCUGGGCACCUAGCAGCUAUUUGGAGCUGGUUCCUCCAAAACCCAAAGCAGCCCCAACACCUCCCGCCGCUCCCCAUCGACGCGUCCCGCCAUCUGCCCCGGGUGUCCCUGCGGCGAAACCGACACCCACGGCUUCUGCAGUACCAAAGGCACCCGCGAAGUCUGUUGCGGCAGAUGCGGGAGCCAAGCCUGUCUCUGUCUUCCCCGGGAUGGCACCUGCGAAUGGGUCUGCAACACCGUGGAAGAAGCCUGCUGCUAGUACAAACGGUUCUUCCGCUGAUACCACUCCAGCGAGUUCGAGACCUUCAAGCUCUAUGGCUCCCAAACCUCCUGUGGGAAACAAGCCUAAGCCUGCACCGCCUGUUGCGGCGAAGCCAGGUGCCCCUAAGGUUCCAGGAAAGCCUCCCGUGCCUUCAGCUCCUAGACCGACGCCAUCUGCGGCUAGCAAGGCCGGAGGGGGCGUUAAGCCACCGGCGCCUGCUGGAGGACAACUGGAUCUUGCUGCAGCUUUGGCGAAGAGAGCACAGAAGAUCGCAGAGAAUGAAUAA